AUGAGGUACUUUCAGUGCAUAACAUUUGAUGAUGGCGACGAGACGUUCUUCGCUGGUCGUAUUGGGUUGGGUUACAACACAGAGAUUGACGAGCAUGUCUUGGUGCAUAUCAACUACAAAGAGAAGAACCUAGAAACGAGAUCUUAUGAGCUGAACUGCCCUAAGAAGCAUGUGAAUGGCGAGGGGUGGUAUCAAAUAGACCCUCCUCCUAGACCAGUAGCUCCCGUACAGCCGACCUUCGUCAAUGGCAAGAUCUACUGCAUAGUAGAGCCUAAUCUUGGACCGGUUUCUGCAAGAUGUGAAAUCGUUGCGUUCGAUGUCAUGACAGAGGAAUUUGAAGUCCUGCAAGGUCCACCGUGCGCCCAUGGCGUUGGACAUACGACCAUCCUCGAGUUCUAUGGUACACUUUGUAUUUCAUAUUCAGGCCAGAGCAGGAACACGGUUGAUCUAUGGAUGAUGAAAGAUGCUGGUAUCUGGUUUAUGGAGUAUCAUAUAGUGCUUGACGAGUUAUCAAAGAAGGCUACACCAUUGGCUGUUGACCCAACGGAUGGACAGAUUUUGCUCAACAUAGGUUUGUCAUUGGGCUACUAUGACCCCAAGACAGCAGCGUUUGAGACCCUCAUCAUCGCAGACCGCAUCCCAGAUUGCCCUGAUGACUAUGAGAUCUAUCCUAUUGUUUGCCAUGAAAGUUUAGUUUGCCUGCUACAGUACUAG